UGAAGCAGUGUCAACAGUAUGUCACCGGCAGCGUCUGCGCAGUGUGACUAACACCUCAGCAUUGCCACUCCUCUAGCGUCAGAAGCGCACCUGCCUGCCUGCAGCCUGCACCAAGUAGACAUGGCGCUCGACUCCAAAGUGAUUUACAUGGCCAAGAGGUUCGUAGGCGAGCCAAAGAACAGUGAUUUUCAAGUCAAGGAGGAACGACUAGGGGAGCUUAAGAACGGAGAAAUCCUUGUGGAAGCAGAAUGGAUUACCGUGGAUCCUUACGUAAGGACCUACAUGGACAACUAUCCUCCUGGUACGAGGAUGAUUGGUGGUCAAGUUGCAAGAGUUCUCCAGUCGAAGCACAAGGACUUCAAAACUGGUGAUCAAGUUGUUGGUUACCUCGGCUGGUCCACUCGUACUAUUAUCAACAUCGAUGAAACCAAAGGUGACCGAAAUUUCACCUGGGGUGACGUCACGAAAGUGAGACACCCAGAUCUGCCAUUGUCUUACAAUUUAGGUGUCCUGGGUAUGCCAGGACAAACGGCCUACUUCGGCUUCUUGGAAAUCUGCAAACCAAAGGCAGGAGAGACUUUGGUGAUCACCGCGGCCGCCGGAGCUGUUGGUUCACUGGUGGGGCAGAUUGCAAAAGUCAAAGGAUGCAAAGUAAUAGGGUUUGCAGGGUCAGAUUCCAAAGUAAAUUGGCUUAAAAAUACUCUGAAGUUUGACUAUGCCUUCAACUAUAAGACCAAGAACAUCCUGAAUGCAUUGAAAGAAGCAGCACCAGAAGGUGUCGACAUGUAUUUUGACAAUCUUCAGCUGUGCAGUAAUGAAAAUAUGACAUUAUGGUGGUGUUAUUAG